GGUUCGACAGACUCUUCCGGGUGAGGGUCUUUCAGCCCGUGAAUACCUGGUCCCGCCGUGACUUGGACCUGGUGCGAACUGCAGGCGAAGCGGGUGCACCCACAAGCUACAGGAAGGGCUGGCGGCGAGCUCCGAGCACUCGGGCGUCGGAGGGAACGCUCUGCUUUCAACACUCUUGGCCCUUUCUCAAGAGAACCUGAAAAUGAACAAAUUUCAGAGAUGGGGUUUUGCCAUGUUGCCCAGACUGAUCUUGAACUUCUGAGCUCCAGUGAUCUGCCUACCUCAACCUCUCAAGAGUGCUGGGAUUAUAGGUGUGAGCCACCACACCUGGCCAUGUGUGUUUUCUUACAUCUCCUUUCUUACAUAAAAGAGAUCAGUUUCAUUCCAGGACCUGACUGUGAACUUCACCCAGGAGGAAUGGCAGCAACUGGACCCUGCUCAGAGGCUCCUGUACAGGGAUGUGAUGCUGGAGAACUACAGCAACUUGGUCUCCGUGGGGUAUCAUGUUAGCAAACCGGAUGUGAUUUUCAAAUUGGAACAAGGAGAAGAACCAUGGAUAGUGGAGGAAUUCUCAAAUCAGAACUACCCAGAAGUUAAUGAUGCCUUAGAGAAGAACAAGGAAAUCCAGGAUAAACAUUUGACACAAACUGUAUUCUUCGGCAACAAAACACUGAUUACAGAAAGAGAGAAUGUAUUUGGGAAAACACUUAAUCUGGGCAUGAAUAGUGUUCCCUCAAGAAAAAUACCCUAUAAAUGUAAUCCAGGAGGAAACAGUUUGAAAACUAAUUCAGAAGUAAUUGUUGCAAAGAAAAGCAAAGAAAACAGAAAGAUUCCUGAUGAAUACAGUGGAUUUGGGAAGCCACUGCUUCAUACUAAGCAUGAAAAAAGUCAUUCGGGAAUGAAAAGUUACAGAUACAAUCCAAUGAGGAAAGCCAGCAAUCAAAAUGAAAGUCUUAUUCUUCACCAGAACAUACAGAUUUUGAAACAACCUUUUGACUAUAAUAAAUGUGGGAAAACCUUCUUCAAGAGGGCAAUUCUCGUUACACAGAAAGGGAGACAGACUGAAAGGAAACCAAAUGAAUGUAGUGAAUGUAGGAAAACCUUUUCUAAGAGAUCUACCCUCAUUGUACAUCAGAGAAUUCAUACAGGGGAGAAACCGUAUGUUUGUAAUGAUUGUAGGAAGACUUUUCGUGUGAAGACAAGCCUCACUCGACACCAAAGAAUUCAUACUGGAGAGAGACCCUAUGAAUGCAGUGAAUGCGGGAAAACCUUCAUUGACAAAUCUGCCCUCAUUGUACACCAGAAAAUUCAUGGAGGGGAGAAAUCCUAUGAGUGUAAUGAAUGUGGAAAGACCUUUUUUCGGAAGUCAGCCCUGGCUGAACAUUUCAGGUCACACACAGGGGAGAAGCCUUAUGAAUGCAAGGAAUGUGGAAACGCCUUCAGUAAGAAAUCGUAUCUUGUUGUACAUCAAAGAACUCACAGAGGAGAGAAGCCAAAUGAAUGUAAGGAAUGUGGGAAAACCUUCUUCUGUCAGUCGGCCCUUACUGCACAUCAGAGAAUUCACACAGGGGAAAAACCCUAUGAAUGUAGUGAAUGUGAGAAAACCUUUUUUUGUCAAUCAGCCCUCAAUGUGCAUCGAAGAAGUCAUACAGGAGAGAAGCCCUAUGAAUGCAGUCAAUGUGGAAAAUUUUUAUGUACAAAAUCAGCCCUCAUUGCACAUCAGAUAACUCAUAGGGGAAAGAAGUCUUAUGAAUGUAAUGAAUGUGGGAAAUUUUUCUGCCAUAAGUCAACACUCACUAUACAUCAGAGAACACACACAGGAGACAAACAUGGUGUGUUUAAUAAAUGUGGUAGAAUAUCCAUCAUGAAGUCAAACUGCAGUCAGUGUAAGAGAAUGAACACAAAGGAGAAUCUUUAUGAGUGUAGUGAACAUGGGCAUGCCAUCAGCAAAAACUCACACCUCAUUGUACAUCAGAGAACUAUAUGGGAGAGACCAUAUGAAUGCAAUGAAUGUGGGAGAACCUACUGCAGGAAGUCAGCCCUCACUCACCAUCAGAGAACACACACAGGAGAGAGACCCUAUGAGUGUAAUGAAUGUGGGAAAACCUUCUGUCAGAAGUUCUCCUUUGUUGAACAUCAGCGAACUCACACUGGGGAGAAACCAUAUGAAUGUAAUGAAUGUGGGAAAUCCUUCUGCCAUAAGUCAGCCUUCAGAGUCCAUAGAAGAAUUCACACAGGAGAGAAACCAUAUGAAUGUAAUCAAUGUGGGAAAACCUACCGCCGCCUGUGGACUCUCACUGAACAUCAGAAAAUACACACAGGAGAGAAACCUUAUGAAUGUAACAAAUGUGAGAAAACAUUUCGCCACAAAUCAAACUUCCUUUUACAUCAGAAAUCCCACAAGGAAUAAGUUCCAGCAAAGUAAUAAAUUCCAACAAAGCAACAAAUCAAAUAACUUACACAAUGCGAAACUGUGAGUAUGUAUAGAGGAGUAAAAUCUUAGUAUGGAAAAAUUUUCUGCCAUAAGUCCAUCCUCACCAUAACAUCAGAGAAAUCAUGUAGGAAAGAAAUACUUUGUUUAAUAAAUGUAUUAUUCAUUGUGAACUAUGAAAAUAUUCAACAGCAAUUCAAAGGUUAUGCCAAAUGUGCCUCCCUUUUAAAAUAAUGAAACAAACAUUAUUUAAGUUAAAUUAUUACUUGGUUCCUCCCCACAGUGUUACUUGUUAGUGUAUGUUAUGAGGUGUGAGGAUCUGACCUUCAUUUCAAAUCAAUACCAUUUUUUGAUAGUUGAGUAACUUGCAGUUUCUCAAUUUAUGGUGUAUUUUCAGAUUUGGCAGACUUUUUGUUGUCUGCUAACUCCAUAGUCUUCUAGUAGCAGACUAUAUACCUUUAUCUGCAAAGGUGACAACUCAGGAGCACUAACCAUGGUACUCUAUGCACCCAUGGUAAUUAUACCCCAGGUGAGCCUUUGGUAAAGCUGAGCCAAUGAAAGCCCUUCCUAAGACCUUUCUAAUGGAAUAUAGGCACAGGAUAACUAGUUCGUUAUCCUGAAGCUUUCAGCCAAGUCAAGAAAACAGCAAUUGCAGUAGGAAAAACAUGGAAAAAUAAGUAUUCUUGAACAACAAAGAGAAUUUGGGUGAUGGUUGAAUCCAAAAAGUGUUUGUUUCUCUGGUUUUAGUAUUCUCUGAUAUCCACUCAACCCCAUCUACCAGUGGUUUGAUUAUGUCAAUUAGUAUGUUUUCAAAAAUCUCUUGGAUUUCCUAAUCAACAUGUUCAUUAGAGGUAUUCUUUAGAAGUCACUGAUCAAAUUCUGAGAACAAAAGGCCUCUGGGAUGCUGAUUAGGAUUACAUUGUAUGGAUAUAUGUGAUGAGGUAGGAUUGCCACUUUUAUGGGGUUAUUGGAAAAUGUUUACCUUUUAAGUCCUGAUUUCCAUGAGUGGGGUUUUCCCUAUACCCAUUCCUAGCCUCUCUGCCACAUUAUGCAUUCUGCCCCAGGGAAGAUGAAGUGGGCUUAUCUAAUUGGUAAGACAGUGAUGGGUAACUGGGUUUGCUCAGCUGAACUCACUGUUCAUUGUGGGCUGUUCUGCAAGCACAAUUUCUUGUCACAGGUAUUGCCUGUGAUUGGUAAAUUGGUCUAAUUCUGUCAUUCAGCUAAUUGGCCCAUUAGCUGAAUGGUCACAAUAAGUUGCAUCCUCCAACUCAAUUUGUUCAGUAAUAAAAGUUUCAUCCUGUCCCCUGUCUACUACUUAAUUUUUUAUUGUUUAGAUGGGGGUGGAAAUUGUGCUAUUUAUUUGGGGCCCUUCAGAGAACCCAAUAUGAACAUGACUUAUCAGUUUAUUCAGUUUUUAUGUCCUUCAGUACAGAUAAAUGUAUGUGUACACACAUAUACAUAUGUUUAUAUAAGUACAUACAUAUGUUUAAAUGUAUGUGUGUGCAUAUACUGAUCUUGCUCUUGUAAAAUGUAUUCAUAGUCACUUCAAAGAUUUGGUUGCUAUUGUGAAAGGAAUUAUGUUACCUUUCACUUUGACACUAAUGGAGUAAAGAAAAACAAAAAUACCUAA